AUGGAAAUCACAGCGCUGGCACUUUUUGUCAAAGUAACCUCUGUGAUGCCACAAGUUCAGCUUCUACGGAUUGUACGAUCCUCGAUAAUCAUAGAGGAAAUAAAUAAUAAGAAAAGAUUAAAAGAAUUUUAAAACUGAAUUUCGAAGAACAACGUGAGAGCAACAAUGAAAAAAUUAAAUGAACCGAAAAGAGGUGAAUUUAAUAUUGAUCUAUGGAAACAAAAAACGACAAAAGACAUUGAUACCAAUUGGAUGUCUUCGGACACGGUCAGACAUACGUUAACACAUUUUGGAGUGAAGAAGAAAAGGAUACCCGCUUCUUUGCGCAAAAGGCCAUCCAACAUACCAGCAGUCGAAUCGCCACAUCCAGGAAUUUCUUACAAUCCUUCGUUUCAAGAUCAUCAAAAUUUAUUGUGCGAAGUGGUGCGAAAGGAAAAGGAAUUUAUAAAGGAAGAAGAACAUCUUAAAAGAGUUACUACAAAGAUGUUCAAAAAGGUUUCACCCGAAGAAAGAGAGAAUAAUUUGAUAAAAGAAAUGUCAGAGGGUCUGAAACCAGAAAAUGAUCAAGAUCCUGGUGAAAAUGAAGAUGAUGAUCCAACGAUAAAAUCUGUAUAUACCCCUCUUAAAAAUCAGAAGAAAACACGUGUACAAAGACGCAAACAAAAAGAACAAAAGGCUUUGGUAUAUAAAAGGCAACAAGAAAAAAUAGAAAAGAAGAAAAUUUCAGAUAUAUACAAAUUAAAAUUAUUAGACAGACAGUUGGCUGCUAAAGAAAAGAAACAAAAAGUAUCAAGACAAAAGAGAUUGAAGAAGAAAGCGCUUAAAGCACUGGGUACCAAAAUUCUCAGUAAAAUUAAAUUUGAGCCUUUAGAACCUGACUUUAAAUUAUCUACUGAAUUAACUGGAAAUCUACGAAAUACUGAACCGACUAAUAAUCUGUUGAAAGACAGAUUUAAGUCUUUUCAAAAAAGAAAUAUUAUUGCUCCUACUAAUGUUAGAUUGUAAGUAUGAAAUAUUUUGUUACAAAACUGUAAAACAAGUAAUAUGUUUUUGUUUAACUUUACUAAAAGAUUGAUGUUUGCUAAAUUUAUUUAUAGUUUUGUGGAUUCAAUUUUCUUAAAUAUUAAUUACGUCUGGAUAGUUAUUGAUGAUAUUGAUACCUAUUAUUAUUAUUACAGGAAACGAGAUAAAGCUAGAGUGAAACGUUUUAUAAAACCAGAUCACAGGAUUGAUAUGACCAAAAUUGAUAUGAAAUAA